GGUCAAGUUUUACCACUUUCAAUUUUUUGUUGUUUCUUAAGUAAAACAAAUUUGAAAAUUAUAAUUUAUCACCUUAAAAAUAAUAAAUUGUUUAAUUUAUGCCAUAAAUCCUAAACAAGUAAAACGAGGAGGUACAUUUUGUUAAAUAACUUUGGGUAUACUAUGUAUAUAAAUAACUUUUCAAAGGAUAACGAUCAUGAAUAAUAUCUGAUUCCAAUGCUGGAAAAUAAAUUGAAAAUCGCUUGAAAAACGACGGAGCCAUGCAUAGUCAAAGUUUAGUUUAUUAUGGACACUUUGUAGUAAGCGUAAAUUUUCUCCCCUUGGUAGUUGAACUUUUCCAACCGAUAUUAUUUUUUACAAUACUUACUGCUUCUAAAGGUCUGAACAAAAUGCAAAAUUUACCCCUUGUGGAAAUGUCAGAUAGCGACGACAUACUUUCAACUUUUUUUUUUGGAGCUUCACCAUAGAUCCAUUUUUUGUUUUGCUGAAACUGUGUUUAUUUUAUGGGAACAUAACUAUUGAUAACAACUUCGGGACUUAAGUACAAUUGUGAGAUACCUUAGGCGUUGAGGGGUGCUCAUCUUGAUCCGUCUUACCCUUUAUUUUAAAAUCAAUGAAGAUCCCCCCCCACCCUCUGUUACACAUUAUGUAACUUUAUGUAACAUAAAAAUUUACGUAUGAGUCAUCAGCUGGCAAACUUCUGAAAAAUCCCCCAGUCCUCCCCUCUGAAAGCUUAACGUAAACUAUUGACGCAUUCCAAAUAGAUCACAUAUGCACUACUAACAAAAUACAUACAUUUUUUAGGGAUGGUCGAAGUCAAACAGAGUCAGACCGCGGCAUUUCUUAAAACUAAAAUAUUGGACACAUUAGCUGAAUACAACGUGCCAAUUGAAAAUAUUUUCUCGGUAACAGUAGACAACGGGGCCAACAUGGUGGCAGCUGUUAAAAAGUUACGCCAAGAAUUGGAGCAAGCGUUGUUGGAGAAACUAGAUGAUGGAAAUGAGGAUUUUGAGAAGACAACAGAUGAGCAUGAACCGGAACGCGAUAUUUCCGCUGAACUGUGCGUUGAAUUCCAGGAGCGCAUCAAUCUCGUGAGAUGUGCGGUGCACACUCUGCAACUGUCGAUACUGGAUGUUGUGAACAAGUCCCACGAAAGCGUAAAAGGUCUAACUGAACUGGCGAGAAAAUCAAAAAACAUGAAGUACCAGACAAAUUUUGACCACCACAAUGCCACACAUCCUCAAAUUUGGUGCCAAACCAGAUGGGGUGGAAUCUUUGAAAUGGUGGAGGCAUUUAAAACUCAGAGGACUUUCUUCGAACAACUGGCUGCUCAGUUUCCAGAGCUUGAUCUUACCAACCAUUGGAAAUUCAUAGACGACUACUAUGAAGCAUUCAAGCCUUUGUACAUCUGUACCAAGAGGAUGCAAGCGGAGCAUGUUUCUUUGCCUGACUUUUACAUGCUUUGGCUAAGGGCCAUAAGCGAAGUGCGAAAGGUCACCGGUAAUCAAUUCGUUCCUGGCUUGCUUACUUCGCUCAAUACAAGGCUAACAACCCUUCGAGGAUCAAGGGCCUUCAAAAUGGCUCUUUUCCUUGAUCCACGAUUCAACUAUCGUGGAUCAAAGUUUUUCUCACCUGAGGAGAAAAUGGAAAUUAUGGUAAUCUAUUGUUCAAACAAUCUUACUUUUCAUGUUUGUUAACAUACUGUUCCUAUUGACUCACCAUUGAUUGACUAACUCAAAUAAAAAUGGAGCAAAUUUUCAAAAGUGAAAUAGUAGUCUCCGCCCUUAAA